CAAAGACCGCUUGGAUCGACGGCUUCCUCUUUUUUUGACCGUAUCACUCGCCGUAGCAUCGUGACGUCAUUCUUGUUUUGGCGGUUGUCGUUCAAACGUUUGAAAACGUCAGCGCUCACUGUUGAAGUCAUGGAACGAGGCCGGUCAAGUCGGGUGACGGGAAGCAGACCUUCAGAGAUCCCGUUGCGCGUUCAGGACAACAGGAUGAGCAUGUACACAACUCCCAGGAAUAAACAGUCAUUUGGGAUGCUGAAUAUACCCAGACCACAAAAUGAUACAUCCGAGAGGAGAACCAGCUUCUUUGGUCCACGUACCAGCUGUGCCAGUAUGCCUCGCAACAGCACUAUAUCUGCGUUUGGGGGAAAUGAGAAGUUGAAGGACACCAGACCGCUGCAUGAUAAAUCAUAUGUCCAGCAGUGUAUCAGGCAGCUGCAUGAGUUUUUGACAGAUCAAGGGUUCCCAGGCCCUUUGUCAUCCAAGACUCUACACUCCCCAUCUACCAAGGAGUUCCUAAAAAUAUUCGAGUUCCUCUACUGCCAGUUGGACCCCACAUUUGAAAUGCCAAAAUCCAAAGCGGAAGAAGAGGUUCCGGUCAUUCUAAAAGCCCUGAGAUAUCCAUUUGUCCUCUCCAAGAGUUCUAUUUAUUCAGUUGGGGCACCUCAUACGUGGCCUCUGGCACUUGGAGCCCUCGUGUGGCUGAUCGAUACCAUCAAGAUCAAGCGAAGUCUAAGCCACCAGGACCUGCUCUUCACUGAGUUCCCAGAAGAGGGAGUCAACAUUGAAGAGGGACCCAAAUAUCACAAGCUCUUAAUGGACUAUCUAGGCGAGACCUAUUCCAAGUUCAUGCAGGGCGACGACAACUUUGACGACGACGAUGAAAUAUUUCUCAAUAAGCUGAAAAAGCUCUAUAAUGUGGAUGAAGCCCUGCUGGCUGAAAUGGAGGCGAAGCACCAGAAAUUAACAGAGGAGGUCGAACAGCUGGAGCGAGAGAGUCACACAGAUCGUCUCAUGAGCAAGAGGAUGGACAAGGUGAAGGUGCAGUCGGACCUGCAGAAGCUACAGAGCUUUCGCAGCAAUCUGGAGUCAUUCGAGGCCAACCUACAAAGCAAUGCCGCAGAAGUGAAGGAGGAGAUUGAGAACACUGCCAGUCACCUUCAAAAUCUCAAGCAAGAACGUGAUGAGCUGCAGAAUGUCCUGCGGAACCAGAAGUUUACACCUGCAGACGUGGAGAGGAUCAACAGGGAGAAGAGGGAGCUCCAGCAGACCAUCGACAGCCUCAGCAAAUCUCUGGAAGAUGCUCAACAGCACCAGUGGAAUGAAGAGAUCGCUUUGGCCAAGUUGAAUGAGAAGCUGGACAUGAAGGUGACUGAGUACCACAAACUGGCCCGUAAACUCAAACUCAUCCCGUCCUCUGCUGAGAACGCCUGUGGUCACGAUUUUACUAUCCGGCCUCUUGAAAGUGGACCUGUCAACACGCAGCGUCUCCAGGCACUGAAGAACCUGCUGAGGAAGCUCAUUGGUGACGUGGAGGAAGAGUGCAGUCGGUUGGACAACCAGAUUCUCAGUCUGGAGGAGACGUGUGGACAACUGGAUUCCAACAUCGCAGACAAGUCCAGCGAGCUGAAGCAGCUGAAUGAGCAGCUGCGCAAGCUGGAUGAGCAACUGGAGUCCGACAUGCAGGAGCUUGCGAGAGCAGAGCAGGAGUGGGCAGCAGAGAUUGAGUCCAUGGAAAAUCACCGCAAAAAUCUUGAAAAGAAGGUCACACUUGGCUAUGAUGAGGCCGUCCAACAACUGACAGCAACACAGCAGCAGUACCACUUGGUGGUUCAAGAGACCAAUGAAGUGAGACGGACAGUUGCUAACAACCUCGCGUCUGUUCUCACCGCAGCCGCCAACCACCUGUCCAUCACAGAGAAGUCUCUGGAGGAUCUCCACCUCAAAGUGCACCGUGUCGUCUCCAAGACUCUGGAGGAGAACAAGGUUUCAAUUCAGAAGCUGAGAGAAGCUUUGCAGGAAUUCAAACGUAAAGCAAACAGCUUGAAAUAAAUUGAGGCUGUGAUGGUCAUGUUAAUUUCAAGUCUAAGUGUAUGUUCUGUAGUUCAUAUGUAUGCGAAUUGUAUUAUUUUUUCCACAACUUCAUUGUUUCUAGCAAAUAAAUGCCUAAAAAUUA